AUGCGUCUCGCCCUGUCCUUCGCAGCAAGUGCCCUCCUGGUGACUCUGACCGCUGCGGCGCCCCAGGCCCAGCCUGCGCCCAAGGUCACCAUCUACAACAAAGGCGAGUACAAGGGCGAGCAAGUGACAUUCGCAGCAAAGGGCGAAUGCAAAUCCAUUGCGCCGAGAAUUGAGUCUAUCUCGAUCCCCGGCAAAUCAGAUGUCUGGUGCCAGGUCUUUAACAACAGGGAAUGCCAGGGUGAAGGCGGCCGUGUGAUAGUUGAUUCAGUAGCCCAGUUCUCUGUGGAGGAAGUGUAUCCUGCAGUUAUUUGCAACGUCUUUCGCGACUAG